GUCCGAGUUAAACCUUUAGUCAGGAAGUACGAUUCAUACAGUAACAAGGACAAUACUUGGUUCAAAUAUUUAAAAUCCACCAAAUAAUACCAAGUUAUUUUUUCACCCAACGGGAUAGCAUAACACAUAUCAUACUUGCGGUAAUAAAAUAAAUUCAAAUAUGACUACGUACAUACUAAUGAAAGCCGAUAAAAAUUUAAACCAAGUACUUGUAGCAAUACAAAAAAAAUAUAAGGUGUGUAAAUGUUUUCGUACAAUUGUCAGUUGUAAAUAAUUAUUAGUAGAACACCGAAUAAAUUACUGCAUAUAACAGAAACAACGUAAAAGUUUGAAACAAUAAUAGCUUGUGAAGAAAAAAAGUAUUCACAAAAUGUGUAUUUUCAUACUCUGCGAGAAUUGAACUUACUAUCAUUUAGGCGACCUUCUUAUGUUAAAUCAUUUUUAUAACGAGAACAAGAUAUUACAUAUUUGCUACUACCGAUAUAAUCCCAUAUCAGUGACGAAAGGCAACUAGAAUUCAAGAGCUGGAGAAAAAUGAAACCAAAAAGACAAGCUGAAGUAGCAAAGUUAGAAGCAGGUCUUGAAUCUUUAUUAUCACACGCUACACUCUCCGGUGAAAAUGAAACAGCUAAACAACGGCAAGGUAUGUACGAGCGAAAACCAAGACGUGCGUGGAGUGUAAGUGACACAUCUCCACCACAAGACAGUGGAUCUGAAAGUGCACCCUUACUAAGCUCUGGAACUCAUAUGAGCUUCUCACCUAUGAUUUUUCAUGACUCUGAUACUAGUGACUUAGACUUCAGUCCUAUUGCAGAUUCUCCCAGAUAUGGUAGUGCGGGAACUUCAAAUUUUAACUCCAUGGCAAUAUUACCAAGAAGAGUACCUCUUUUAGCACACGAUAGUCCAUUGAUAACAUUGCACCAAACAAAUAUUUCACCACCACCACCGUAUUGCCGGGAAGGAUAUUACCAAAUUCACAACUCAUUGUCAGACCUGGUCAUAGAUGAUUCAAUUUGUAAAGACGGUGGCACACGACCAAUCAUAAAAGAAGUUGGUCGAGGUUUUUUGCCCGGACCUUUACCCUUAAUACAGGAUCCUCCGCCAAUCACUUCCAAGUCCACAAAGCGAACACAGAGCUCUUUAGUGACAAUAUUUUCAAUAUGGAAUACCAUUCUAGGUUCCUCAUUGUUAACUAUGCCAUGGGGUAUAGCAAUGGCAGGAUUAAUUCCUGGAAUAGGACUUAUGUUAGCUAUGGGAGGUCUUUGCCUUUAUACAGCAUACAGGUUACUCCAAGUCCACAAGUAUCACGGAGCAGGAGAUAACGGAGAAGUUACUGCACUCAGUCGAACUCUACUGGGCUCCUGGGCAGAAUAUAUUGCCAAAACUUUUAGCAUUACAGUUAUGCUAGGAGCAAAUAUUGCAUACUGGGUUUUAAUGUCAAACUUCUUGUACUAUUCAGUGAACUUUUUAUACGAUAUUAUUGCAGGACUGCCAAUACACCCACCAUUUACAAACGAAUCUCAUGCAACAGAAGUUUUGUGCCCAAAACAAGGAUUGUACAAUGAUAGCAACCUCCACGACCAUUCAUAUGAUAACAUGGGACCACUCUGGGACUUGUAUAAAACAGUGCCUAUAGUUUUGGCUAUACUUAUAUUCCCUUUGCUCAACUUCAGCAGUGCAACUUUCUUCAUGAAAUUCAAUUCACUUGGUACAGUAUCAAUUCUUUAUUUGAUUGUGUUUGUCAUUGUGAAGUCGACCUCCUGGGGUAUUAAUAUGGACAAUAAGGCAUGGGAAAGUAGUUGGGAACUGAGACCAACUUUUCCUGCAUUAUCUGGUAUGCUCGCGCUAUCAUUUUUCAUACACAACAUUAUCAUCACUAUAAUGCAGAACAAUGAAAAUCAAAAGAACAAUGGAAGAGAUCUGACCAUAGCUUAUAUUUUGGUUAUAUGCACCUACAUUUUAAUCGGAAUUAUGUUCUAUGUUUGCUUUCCAUUGGCCAAAUCAUGCAUCGAAGAUAACUUAUUGAACAACUUCCAAAAAUGGGAUGGUUUGACCAUAGGCGCCCGAGUUGUUUUAUUCUUCCAGUUAUUGACCGUGUAUCCACUAAUAGCGUAUAUGUUGCGUAUUCAAAUAUUAUCGGCUAUAUUUAAAACUUCCAACUGUACCAAGAGCUAUGUUUUGAUUGUAAAUAUCGUAACGGUACUAAUCUGUGUCUUGUUCGCUAUAUUUAUGCCACGGGUAGGUACAAUAAUCAGAUACACAGGUGCAAUGAGCGGUUUCAUUUACGUUUUCACUUUACCUAGUCUAUUGCACCUAAUGUCUAUGUACAAACAAGGUAAAAUGACGAUGAUAUCAGCCAUUUUACAUUUGACCAUACCAAUUAUUGGUGUAUCUAAUCUCGCAGCACAAUUUCUCAUCAGUGAAGACUAACUACAGUUUGCGAAUUCAGUUGUGAUUGUAGUUUUAUUUUAAGGACACAUUGUGCGAUUCAGUUGUAUAAUAUGUAAUAUUUUUAACUAUCUAAUACGUCUUUUAAAUAAAGAAUAUGUAAGCAAUCAUCUUAAUACGCUAUUUCACCACUCAAAUAUUUCUUUAUUGUCAAAUUUCUGACAGUUGGUUACUAGGAACUUUAUUUUGUAAGCUCGUUUAAAUUUCAAAUUCGGAUUUUUGUUAGAAAUUAUGAGAAUUAUCCGAUACACUACCACAGUUAGUAUAUGCAAUCUUCAAAUAUCACGUUUGUUAUUAACAGAUGCAAACGAAAAAUAUAUGUUUCACAAUCAGAGAAACAAAUAGAAAAAUUGUAUCUCAAUGUGGCUGCUGAAAAAUACAUAAUACCACAUACAGAAUUCAAAGUACGUAUGUUGGAGAUGUGUUUAAAAAUUUUAUGUCCGGGGAACUAAGUUACGUUUUUUAAACCCAUACAGCGUGUCAUGCCUUUUCUAUCUGCAUCUCUGAAAUGUCUCUCUGAGCUAGGUAGUUUUCAUCAGAACCUCUCUUACCCAUGUGUCAUUAUAUGCCACAGUUACUGUGUAGAGUCAUGGAACAAUUUUAAAUAUAACAAUUUCUGUGAUUAUUAAUUGACUUGUUUGUAAGUAUCAAGAAUUUAAUAAAACAUUUUUGGUACAUUAUUAUCACAAUGUA